GGCGUUAUUCACAAUCCUGGCUCCUCACGUGAAACCGUGUGAAUCAGAGUGAAGUGAACACUGUCACAGGGUGGGGGACACACAGCAUAAAAACACUGAGACUGAAGCAGUUUGGAACGGAAAGACUCCGGGUGAUCAGGGCUUCUAGACAUCAUGUCCAGCGUCUGCCCGAUGAGCUAAACUGCGCCAGUAGUCUGGAAUUCUUUAAGAAUCCUUUUUGCCUCGAUUGUGGCCACACAUAUUGUCGCCCCUGUAUCACCCGGAGUUGGGAAGAGCAGGGAAAAUCCUGCUGUGCGGAAUAUCGCCAAGUUAUUGCUCAGAAGAAUCUCAAGCUUAAUCGGUCCUUGGCCAAAAUGGUGGAGAAAGCUCGAGAAUUUAGUCUGGACCCCACACAGACAGCGGUUAAACGUCAGUGUGAGGAACACCGGGAGCAAUUGAAGCUGUUCUGCGAAACUGACAAGAAAUUGAUCUGUUCCAUUUGCAAAGAUGUGAAAAAACACCGAGGUCACAGCUUCCUUCCCAUUGACGAAGCUGCUGAAAUCCACAAGGAUCAAGUGAAAUCCUCCUUAGCAUCUCUCACACAGUUGAAGGAAACUGCUCUGCAAACCGAAGCCCAACAGAGAGAAAAUAUUUCAAAAGUUAAGGAACAGGUGAACAGUUUACAGACCCACGUCACGGCUGAGUUUUCUAAAAUGCACCAGAGACUGACUGACAGAGAGCAGCGAGUGAUGCGAGAUCUCAGACAACGAGAGGAGGAGAUUUUAAACCAAAUGGAGAAAAAGCUGCGAGAGAUUCAUUGUAAAUUAAGUUCUGUUGAACAAGCUCUCUCCGAGUUAAAGACACAGAUGGGAAAAGAUUCCCUCACCUUCCUGCAGGAAGAAGCUGCUGGCAACAGAAGAGUCAGUGACGUGGGGUUUGAUCUGUCGGUGUGUGAGGCUGAGCUGCCGGUGGGGAUAUACAAAGGGCCUAUACAGUACACAGCCUGGAGACAAAUGAUACACGGCAUCAGCCCAGCUCCGGCCUCUCUGACUAUGGAUCCUGACACAGCCCAUCCCAACCUCAUCCUGUCUGAGGACCUGACCAGCGUGAGACACGGAGAAACACGGCAGCAGCUCCCGGACUCCCCAAAGAGGUUUGAUCCCUGUGUCUGUGUCCUGGGGUCUGAGGGCUUCAAAUCAGGGAGACAUUACUGGGAGGUGCAGUUGGCCAACAAGACAGAAUGGACAGUGGGAUUGGCCCGAGAGUCUGUCAACAGGAAAGGAAAGAUCACACUGUCAACAAAGAUCGGAUUCUGGGCUGUGUAUCUGAGAAACGGGGAUGUAUAUAAAGCUUGUACCUCACCUCGCACACGCCUGUCCCUGAGAGAGAGACCCGGGAAGCUGGGAGUUUACCUGGACUAUGAGCGGGGAGAGGUGGAAUUUUACAACGCUGAUAACAUGUCUCAUCUCCACACUUUCACCCAGACUUUCACUGAGAAACUUUAUCCUUACUUCAGUCCCGGUUUCAAUGACGGCGGCAAAAAGUGUGAUCCUCUGAGGAUCUGCACGGUGACAGAUUAA